UGUGACAUCAGUGAAUCUGGUAACGGAUUUCUUGUGGGUGAGCUACGACGGACAAGACAGCGCCGAUGUGUACCUGAGCUACUAUGCAGGAAGAACCUGUGGCCUUUGUGGAUCUUUUGAUGGGGAGAAGAAGAAUGAUUUGCUGCUUCCUUCCGGGGAUUUGGCAAGAUCUGCCACUGAGUUUGGAAACAGUUGGGUGGUUAAUCCUGACCAGUGCGAAGAUGUGGAUCCAGGUCCAACCGAUCCUUGCGAGGAGGGAGAGAACGGACUGACAGCAUCUAGUGAUCUCUGCUAUUACUUGAAGGAUCCUACAGGACCAUUUGAAUCUUGUAUUGAGAUUUUGAGCCCUGACGACUACUACGACUCCUGCGUCUAUGACGUUUGCUUAACCGGUGAUGAUGCUCUGUGUGCCAGUCUGCCCCAGUAUGCCCGUGCCUGCAAGAUGGAGGGAGGGAAUCCUGGCAGAUGGAGACUGGGUGUGGAUGAAUGCCAGCUGAACUGUCCUUCGAACACUGUGUACGAUCCAUGCUUCAGUGGCUGUCCAGCAACAUGUUCCUCUGCUUCCAGCUCAUUGUCCUGCAAUGCCACCUGCCAGGAGACAUGCCGGUGUGAGGAUGGACUGGUGCUCGAUGGCGGGAAGUGCGUUGAUCCAUCGCAGUGUGGUUGCACUCUGGACAACGGUGUUUAUAUUCCGUCUGGGGGAGCAUGGACCGACUCGGACUGCACACAACACUGCACCUGUGAAGCUGGGCGUUCCCAGUGUGAUGCUUUUGAGUGCGGAGAGAACGAGGAAUGUGAUAUCAAGAACGGAGUUCCAAGCUGUUACUGCAAAGACGGCUACACCUCCCUUGGAGAUGCCUGCUUUAGAGCUCCUGGGUAUUGUCAGAUCUGGGGUGAUCCUCAUUAUGUUACCUUCGAUAAGAAGAAGUACAACUUCCAGGGUGCCUGCGACUACACUUUGGUCAGAGAUUGCGGAAACUCCAGUGACUACCACCUGUGGUCCAACAAUGAACGACGGCGCCCAUCCGACCGUGUUUCUUUCCUGAGGGAAGUGAUACUUGAUCUGAGGGGUUCCCGAUACUCUUUGAUGAAGGGCUUCCACGUCAGAGUAAAUGGCGUAGAUGUGUCUGACUACCUUCCCUACAUUGAUGACCAGGCCUUGAUCUACCGGGAUGUGACAUCAGUGAAUCUGGUAACGGAUUUCUUGUGGGUGAGCUACGACGGACAAGACAGCGCCGAUGUGUACCUGAGCUACUAUGCAGGAAGAACCUGUGGCCUUUGUGGAUCUUUUGAUGGGGAGAAGAAGAAUGAUUUGCUGCUUCCUUCCGGGAUUUGGCAAGAUCUGCCACUGAGUUUGGAAACAGUUGGGUGGUUAAUCCUGACCAGUGCGAAGAUGUGGAUCCAGGUCCAACCGAUCCUUGCGAGGAGGGAGAGAACGGACUGACAGCAUCUAGUGAUCUCUGCUAUUACUUGAAGGAUCCUACAGGACCAUUUGAAUCUUGUAUUGAGAUUUUGAGCCCUGACGACUACUACGACUCCUGCGUCUAUGACGUUUGCUUAACCGGUGAUGAUGCUCUG